AUGGCUGAUUUGCUUCCUAAAAACCCGUCACUCCAUCCCCAUCAAUCCACACAAUCGCUUCAAGCACAAAUCAACGCUACCCAGGCUGACCUCCCACCACACUUUCACGAAUCCAUCCCCGAUAUUGCCACAAAUUCGUUUAAGAAUAAAGUAACAGACCCCAGGGGAGUGUACCUGGAGUCGUACGGAUGCCAGAUGAACGUGAACGACCUGGAGGUGGUGCUGGGGAUCCUCAGAUCAGCAGGGUUCAACGUGGCGCGCGCUGUUAGGCCAGAGGAGGCACGGGUGAUUCUGGUGAACACGUGUGCGAUCAGGGAGAAUGCAGAGGCGAAGGUGGCGGUGCUGGGGUGCAUGGCAGAGCGGCUGAAGGAGCAGCUAGUGGCAGCGGAUAAGAUGGUUGACGUGGUGUGUGGGCCCGACGCUUACAGGGAUCUACCACGGCUCCUAGAUGAGGUGGAAGCGGGUCAGACAGGAGUCAACACGCUCCUGUCUCUCGACGAAACCUACGCUGAUGUGUCGCCCGUUCGCCUCGCCUCUAAUUCCGUCAGCGCGUUUGUGACUAUAAUGAGGGGCUGCGACAACAUGUGCUCCUACUGCAUUGUGCCUUUCACGAGGGGCAGGGAGCGCUCCCGGCCAAUCAGGAGCAUCCUUGGGGAGAUUGAGGAGCUCGCCGGGCAGGGCGUGAAGGAAAUUUAUCUUCUCGGGCAGAAUGUUAACAGUUACCGGGACACGUCAGCAUGUGAUACGGUUGAUUCAGUCACCACCACUGUUUCUUCCCCUUCCUCCUCCUCCUCCUCCUCCUCCUCCUCCUCCUCCUCCUCCUCCUCCUCCUCCUCCUCCUCCUCCUCCUCCUCCUCCUCCUCCUCCUCCUCCUCCUCCUCCUCCCAACCGUACUUGACCCCUGGCUUUUCCACAAUCUACAAACCCAAGCUGGGAGGGAUCCGAUUCGCCACUCUCCUAGACGAAGCUUCCCGGAACUUUCCCGACAUCCGCUUCCGCUUCACCUCCCCUCACCCCAAGGACUUUCCCGAGGAGCUUCUUUCGCUCAUGGCUGCCCGGGGCAACGUUUGCAAAAGUUUGCAUCUGCCCGCACAGAGCGGCAGCAGCAGUGUGCUGGGGAGGAUGCGCAGGGGGUAUUCGAGGGAGGCGUAUCUGGACCUGGUGGAGCGAGUGAGAAGCGUUGUGCCUGGUGCUGCCAUUAGCAGUGACUUCAUAACAGGCCUCUGUGGUGAGACAGAGGAGGAGCAUGAGGAGACGCUCUGUCUCAUGCGGGCAGAGCAAUACGACAUGACCCACAUCUGUGCCGAUAAAAAACCCCUAUCUCCCUGCUUGCCCUUCCUUCCUGCUUUCUGCGGUGAGACAGAGGAGGAGCACCAGGAGACGCUCUCUCUCAUGCGCGCAGUGGGAUACGACAUGGCCUACAUGUUUGCCUACUCGCUUCGCCUGUGCCCCACUAAUCCCUUCCUCUCUGCUUGCCUUCCCCACCCGACUUCCCAUGCUGCUGCCGCCGCUCCUGUGCCGCCAAUGCUGCUGCAGGCUUCUGCGGUGAGACAGAGGAGGAGCACCAGGAAACCCCCUCUCUCAUGCGUGCAGUGGGAUACGACAUGGCCUACAUGCUUCUGCGGCGAGACAGAGGAGGAGCACCAGGAGACGCUCUCUCUCAUGCGUGCAGUGGGAUACGACAUGGCAUACAUGUUUGCCUACUCGCUGCGCCCGCGCACACACGCCCACCGGCGGCUAGAGGACGAUGUACCGGAGGAGGUGAAGCAGCGGCGGCUGAGUGAACUCGUGACCACGUUCCGGGAGACAACAGCUGCCCGAUACACAGCUCAGGUGGGAACCAAGCAGGUGGUGCUCGUGGAGGGUCCCAACAAGCGCUCUCCACUCACAGAGCUGAUUGGGAAGACUGACCCGGGCCACCGAGUGACCUUCAACAACUCCCUCCACCAGCAUUUGACAGCGGCGGACAGGAAACACAAGGGUUCUUCGCUGGACUUGGAAAGUGGGGGGGGUGGGGGUGGGGCUAGUAGGGGUUCAGCUGGAGGGGGGGUUGCGAGCACUGGUGAUUAUGUGCUUGUGGAUAUUUGUGGCUCCACACAUGCUUCCCUUCGAGGGGUUUUAAAGGUGAUUGAGCGGGUGUCGAAUCAGAUGGAGGAAUCGGGUGGCAAUUACGAGUUGCUAAUCGCGAGACUGAACGCGGGGCUCAAGGCUUACGCCAGAGAGGAGAGUAAGAGGGUUCGCGCCACGUUGUCCUUUCUUCAUCAGGCGGUUGCUGAUCUGAAACAAGCGUGGCUGGGGGACCCGAGUUGCGUCCGGCUCAAGGACCUGCUGAGUGAAAGGGAGCUCCAACUGAGAAGCUAUCAGCAGUCGCGGCAGGAGAGACUGCACGUGAUGGCCGGUAUGAAGGAGGUGACGUUGGGGGAAGUCGCAUCACCUUUUUUAUCUGCGAAGAUUAAGGGCCGGAAGGCACGCACGCAAAUCACGGAGUUAAACGUGGGAGGCACAAUGGUUAGUGACAACAAAAGCAUUUUGGAUGCAGCCUCACAGUACUACCGGCAGCUGUUUGGAGCAGACAGACAGACGGUCUUAUCUGAGUGGGAACCCUCGGCGGACAGAAGGAUGUCGUCAGCAGUGGCGGAGUCGCUGACAGCUGAGUGGUCGGAAGAGGAGGUUAAGCGCGCGUUUCAGUCGAUGACGAAAAAUAAGGCUCCUGGUCGGGACGGCUUGCCAAAGGAGCUCUUUGAAGCGCACUGGGACAUCUUGGGCAAACACUUCAUGUUGCUGGUGAAAAGCUUCUCGGACACGGCGUCCCUUCCAACCUCCACGAAAGACGCGGUGACCAUCCUGCUGCACAAGAAAGGGGGCAGAGAUCAGCUGGAGAACUACCGUCCAAUCACAUUGCUCAGUUUCACCUACAAAGUGAUAGCGCGUGUGGUAGCAGACAGGAUGAAGAAAGCGCUCUCGGAGGUCGUCUCACCGGAGCAGUUUGGCUUCUUACCCGGGAGGAGGUUGUCGGAUGCUGUGGGGCUGGUGGCGGAUAUUAUUGAAGCAGCCAAAAACAAGGACAAAGAUUGGUACCUCCUGCUCGUUGACUUCAGGAAGGCCUUCGACUCUGUGUCGCGGGGAUUCCUGUUUACGGUGCUGGAGAAGAUGGGUUUUCCUCCCCGAUUUGUCGGAUGGAUUCGGGGCCUGCAUGAGAACACACGGACAAGUCUGUUGGUUAAUGGUUGGAUUGGUGAAGCGGUCGAUGUGGUCUCGGGGGUGCGCCAGGGCUGCCCCCUUGCACCUUACCUGUUUUUGUGCGCGGUGGAGCCGCUAGCGCAAGAAGCGGUGAACCGGAGGAUAGGCGUUUCCGAGGGUGAUCAGCGGCUGGCGUACCUUGGGUACGCCGACGAUACAACUCUUAUCCUGGAGGGGGAGGUGCAGAUUGCAGAGGCAGAGAAGCUGUUAGAAGAGUUUGCAGGGGAGUCAGGUCUCGCCACUAACAAGGAGAAGUCAGUUGUCUUACCUCUGGGGUCGAAUCUGGGCAGGCAGCCCUGGAAGACCGAUGGUUUCAAAUGGGCGAAAGCCGAUGAGGCAGAAAGGCUGCUGGGGGUGUGGGUGACUCCUGCUGGAAGCUGCAAUCCUACAUGGGAGAAGGCUUUCGCACAGAUUAAGCGGAAAUUGUCGCAGUGGGAGGCGCAGCACCUUACAACUGGCGCGCGUGCUGCGGUGAUCAACUGCUACGUCUCACCGAUAAUCUUCUUUCAGGCUCAGGUGUACCCGCCGCCGAUGGAUAUCUGGGGGAGGAUACUGAAACUGACGCACAAUUUCAUGUCGGGAAACCGGGCCUCUACCGACAAGGAAUUGAUACUGUGGAGCAGAGAGCUGCUGUACAUGGCCAGGGAAGAGGGGGGCGUCGGUGUGAAGGACCCUGAAAUUGCACUUACCUGCUUAAUUGCCAGGAAGAUCGGGCUGCUGCUCACCGAGACAAACGCGCUGAAACGCGACAUCAUGCUCCAAGCUGCGGACCUGCCGCUGGGAACGGACACUUUCGUCGCCCACGUGAAGCUGCUCAAAUGCUGGCGCAGGAAAAGCGAGCGGUGGAAGCUUGCGUGCGCUAACUUCAUGCAGUCGCCGCUCGCCAGCACGUCGCUUGAAUUAUCACGGGAGGAAGCUGCGAAGGAACGGAUCGUUUUCAACCGCCAUAUCCUGAUGAAUGGCACGACUCCAGUGGGCAGCCAGAAAGCCGCAGGAAAAUUGUGGGAGGUGCGUCUGGGUAACCUGCUGGUCGCGGGUGAGGACGGGGGCUGGUGUGUGAAGGAUGUCAAAACCCUAGCGAGGGAGCUCGGUGGCUCGAAGCAGGCAAAGCUUGCUCUACGGGCGUGGGAGGCUGCACCGCAGAGCUGGAAACUGCUUCUCCUCUCAGCCGAGCAAUCCUGUGCACCCACCACCCAGCUCCGCACUCCGCUACAGCGCACAGCGGCUUUCAGUGGUGGGGGGAUACCAUCGCUGAAGGAGUUGAAGGGGAACUGGCAACAGUCGAAACAUCAAUCGGCCAAACGGGAGCUCUGGGCGGGCAGAUGGGCAGGAGCCAUUGCCUGGAAAAGGGUUGUGAAAAUUCGGGACUCGCCGGUGACGCCGAACCGACCGCGGGAUGUGCUGCUGAGAAUUCACAGUCUCAACCUUCAGGUGGGCGAACGGCUUUCCUUCCUGAGUGGAAAGCCGGUCUGCCCGCAUUGCGGGGAGUUUGAAACUCUGGAACAUUGCCUCUACACCUGUCCAAGGAUCCAGACGGUUGUGGGGGCAGUUCGGAAGGCUCUGCGCAUGCUGAAUCCGACGAGGCAUGUUGACAGCUUGGGUGACCUACUGUUUGGCAACACUGCUUCCACCUCAGCUUUUCCGGAAGCAUCUCUCUCGGCAAUCGCAAUACACCAGAUUUGGGCAGAACGGUGUGAUUGCGUGUUUCGAGGCAAGAGGUUUCGGGCCAGGCGGGUGCUGAGGAGGAUUGAAGCAGCUUUCAGGCUCCAUGUGCGGGUGUACACUCGGGCAACAGGGAUAAAGCUGAACAUGAAGGGUGACUUGAGGCAGGGCGGGAAGACAUACGCGCUGGCAGAACAGGAGGUCGUUGGAGGUGAUUCGUCUUUUGAGUCGACUCAACAUUCAGCAUGUGCAAUUCUCACGUUCGUCACGUGCAUUUUCCCUCCUUCGAUGCGAUUCGAUCCGACCUCCUCCAGCCACAUCAUCAUGCGGACCCACGAGACCCGCACGGAGGGCGUGCUCGACUGCACAGGCGCGCUCACCGUCCUCGCUACAAAGCUCACCGCUGUCGCGUAUAACUACCAGGACGGGCUCACGCUGCUCAAGGAGAAGGACCAAGGCGCGAAAGCCAAGGACGAGACGGAGAAGAAGGAAUUAACCGAGGAGCAGAGGCGGCGCGAGGAGCGGAUGGAGCGUUCGCGAUUGGAGCGGCGAAAGGCGGCGCUGGUUACCAUGCCGUCGCCGCUGGAGCUGUUGGGGUACCUCUUCUGCUUCGGGCUGCACAUGACGGGCCCGUUCUUCGAGUUCAAAGCGUACGACGACUGGACCCGCCGACAAGGGUCGACUCAAAGUCAACGCGGGCUGCACAUGACGGGCCCGUUCUUCAAGUUCAAAGCGUACGACGACUGGACCCGCCGACAAUGGAUCUGGUCCCCAAGUCUCAAGCAGCCGUCCGUCCUCCCCGCGUUCUUCCGCGCGUUCGGUUCAGGGCAUCCUUGCAGCGAUAGCCUCACUCUUCUGUCUGUUCCCAUCCACCCCCUUCCCAUCCACCCCCUUCCCAUCCACCCCCUUCCCAUCCACCCCCUUCCCAUCCACCCCCUUCCCAUCCACCCCCUUCCCAUCCACCCCCUUCCCAUCCACCCCCUUCCCAUCCACCCCCUUCCCAUCCACCCCCUUCCCAUCCACCCCCUUCCCAUCCACCCCCUUCCCAUCCACCCCCUUCCCAUCCACCCCCUUCCCAUCCACCCCCUUCCCAUCCACCCCCUUCCCAUCCACCCCCUUCCCAUCCACCCCCUUCCCAUUCACCCCCCUCCCCUGCAGAUCUGGUCCCCGGGUCUCAAGCAGCCGUCCGUCCUUCCGGCGUUCUUCCGCGCGUUCGUGCAGGGCAUCCUCGCAGCUCUUGUCUUCCUGCUCGUGUCGCCCUCGCUGGACCUCACGCGCAUCAGCGACCUGCGCAAGAACCGCGCGUACCCCUUCCACCUGCGCUGGCUGUUCGCGCACCAGGCCAGCAUCGUGUGGCGCUUCCGCGCGUACAUCCUCUGGAGCAUCACCGAGGCCGCCAUGGUCGUCGGCGGGCUGGGCUUCAGUGGCUGGGAGACGCCGAAAAAGGGGGGGGAGGCUGGGAAGGGCGGGGCUGGGAAGGGGGAAGCGGAGGGGGCGAACGGGGGUGGGAAGGGUGGUGAUGGGGGGAAGAGGGAGGGUGAUGAGACGUGUGCGGCGCCUGGAGGGGAGGGGGAGGGGGAGGGGAAGGCGCUGUGGAAUAGAGCGCGGAACGCGGAUAUUCUGGGGUUCGAGUUCCCCAAGAGCUGCCUCGACUUCGCCACCACGUGGAACAUCUCCUACGGCCUCUGGCUCCGGCUGUGUGAGUUCCCUGCUCUCUGGCUCCGGCUGUGUGAGUUCCCUGCUCUCUGGCUCCGGCUGUGUGAGUUCCCUGCUCUCUGGCUCCGGCUGUGUGAGUUCCCUGCUCUCUGGCUCCGGCUGUGUGAGUUCCCUGCUCUCCCCCUCAUCCCUGCUCUCUAUCAGCCCGUGGCAACCCCUCAUCCCUGCUCUCUGGCUCAGGCUCUCGCAUGGUGCCGCCCGGCAGGAAGGCAACCUUUUUCCACAUGCUCGCCACCAUGUUUCAUUCUCACCACCCCCCACCCGCUCUGCCCCCAUACCCCAUGCUUCAUUCUCAACCCCUGGCCUCUUGAUCUUAAUCCCUCCUCAGACGUGUACGAGCGCAUGGUGCCGCCCGGCAGGAAGGCCACCUUUUUCCACAUGCUCGCCACCAUGUUCGUCAGCGCCGUCUCCCAUGUGAGUUUCACAUGCUCCCUUGCCUCCCUCUCAUGUGGGUUCCUCUUAACCCCCCUCCCGCCCAUGUGCGUUCCCCCUCCUUACCCCCUCCUCCCAUGUGCGUUCCUCCUUACCCCCCCCCCCCCAUGUGCGUUCCCCCUCCUUACCCCCUCCUCCUAUGUGCGUUCCUCCUUAACCCCUCCCCCCAUGUGCGUCCUUCCUUACUCCCUCCCAUCUGCGUUCUUCCUAUUGCAUCCCAUGCUUCGCUCGCCCAUGUGCGUCGCCCCUAGCCCCAUGUGCGUCGCCCCUAGCCCCAUGCGCGUCGCCCCUAGCCCCAUGCGCGUCGCCCCUAGCCCCAUGCGCGUCGCCCCUAGCCCCAUGCGCGUCGCCCCUAGCCCCAUGCGCGGCCUGAAUUGGGGCGACUUCAUCUUCUUUGCCAACUGGGCGCUUGUCGUUGCCAGCUCCAAAGCCAUAUAUCAAAUCACUGCAGGAAUCCCCAAGGGCACCAUCACGCACCGCAUUGUUGCGCUUCUUCACACCCUCUACGGCAUCUUUGUCUGCAGCUACAUGGCCAGCGCCUUCUGUGUGAUGACGCUAUCGGGCGCAUUUUCAGCCUACAGUGGCAUGUACUAUACUGGUACUGUCAUUCCAAUUUUCCUGAUUGUUUUGUCAAUGGUGUACAAGCCCCGCCGCCCGAAGACUGUCAAGACAGAGUAA